CUUGCUCAAUGCCGAUAUGUCUGCUCUCCUCCAGGCCCUUGCUCUCAUCCGCAUGUCACCCUGCUCGUGACGUUCAUCGGGUAGCGAAGGCUCUCCCUCAUGGCUGUAGCCCGAAGAGAACUCGCCGGACGGCUACGACCGCUGCUGCUCUUGCGCCGAAAAGGGAACCCGAGUCGGUGGCCAGUCCAAGCACGCACAGUCGGGUUCUGACUACCCUACAUAAAACGAAGUCGUUGUUGCCUCGCGUGCUUCCUUCAAGCUCUGCGAAUGCACCUACGCGUAUAUCACUCGAGCUCUGGGAAGAACUCCUCGCAAGGGCGUACGAUGAGUUGUGUCCAUCUCCAGAAGCCAAGGCCAAAGAUAGCAUCCGCAUAGUUGUGUAUGGGUGUGAUGAUCUAUCGGGAGCGCGAGAGUUGGUCUCUGCACUAUUGGAGGAUCCUUUCGCCUCCGAGUCACAGAAGGAAUUGCUUCAUUCUCGAUGGAGAAGACCGAAGGAUCAAAAAGAUGCGAUAGUAAUGCAGUCUACCCCGUCAACUCAGGACGAUUUGAAGGUGCUGCAAGUCCAGUCGACAUGGCUUCAGCAAUUCGGCCUCCCCGUUCAGCUAUUGGAACUCGCUUCUCCAUUGACUGAACUAUCCUCGCGAGCCGAACAAUCCGGAGUGAAAGACCUGAUUCUCGCCGACAUCCCAGUCAUUGUGUGCAAUCCCGCAAGUACGCCACUGCCGUCCCUCCUAUCUCGCACAGAACUCCCGCUGGAUCAUCCCAACGCAGUACUCGUAUUGACGACCACGACGCCAUCUGCCGAACUGGCUGCGCGACUCAGAGUCUCCGGCCGAGACCUCCGCAUCCUCUUCGUCGAUCCUCUGCGUGCCCUUUCCGCUCUGCGUGUGCUCAGCUCUGCACCCUCGUCAACGCGCGCAAUUCAGCAAUACCAAGACGACUUUGGCGGAUCCAAUGUUUCCAGUGUCACGAAGGCUGUCGCAGCCAGCGUGCACGCCGGAGUGCAUGGCAUCCCUCCGACUAGCGUGAUCGAUGCUCUACAUACACAGACCGUACAAGCAGUAGUGCGAGAUGCGCUGGCUGCUUGUGGGUCAGUCAUCAAGGACGCACAAGGUGAGGUCGACUCAGUUCGAAACGAGGUCAGCUGGCGGAGAGGGCGGAUGGAGGAGACCAAGGCGAUACUGGGUAGGCAGGUGUUCGGAGGCAACGGAGACGGGGACGAAGUUGUCCAUGCCCUGCAGCAGUCACAGAAGGACAUCCAAUCUGUGAUGGAUAGUCUUACGUGGUGGAAGCUGCCAUGGAGGGUGGAUGACGUUCAAGAGGUUCUUCUCACUGCUGUCGAUCGCUCGUGGUGCACAGAUCUGGAGUACAAGCUGGUAUUUCAAGCCGGGCGCCUCGCGUCUCUUCAGCAGUCAUUCACCAAUUCCAGCAAUAAAUUACUGGACUCGUUUCCAUCCUACUCUGUCUUUCGCUCCUCAUUGCUCAGAAAUAACAUCUCACAAAUUGCCUCCUUGCCCUCGUUCCCCUUGGAUGCUCCUGCUUUCCUGCAGCCGUUACACGUCCGCCGUCAGCAACUUCGCUUCCCCACGGCACGCCUACAGACAACCGCUCAGCAUGCCUUGCUCGGUAUCGGAGGAAGCGUCUUCAGUGGCAUGGGUAUUGCGUGGGCUGGUUGGGCUGGCCAGCUUGGAAUAUUCGAUAUGGCGAUGCAGCUGGAAACGGCCAUAGGAGCGGGCAUGCUUGCUGCCGUUGCAGGAGUGAGGUGGGCGGUGGGUCGCUUCGAGAGGGCGAAGAAGAAGUGGUGGAAGGAUUAUGACCGUAUCGGACAGGGCCUUGAGAGGGAUCUCAGAACGACGCUCGAUCAGACGCUCAACGAGAGAGUCUUGAUUAUUCCGGAGAGAACCUGCUCUGGCCUGGAAGAUUUCGCUGUCAAACGAAAAGAAGAGAUAGAGGAGUUGAAGGAGGAAGUGGCAGCGUUGGAGCGGAAUCUGGACGAAACUAUUCCGCAAUGAAUACCAUAUUCAACUUGAAGCUUGUUCGUGAACCAAAUUGCGAGAAAUAUUGAAAGUAUAUUUACCCA